CCUCCAGGUUGCGCUAUGGGGCAGCCCAAGUUGUGGGGAGCAGCUCAGGAGCCCCCCAUUGCACCUGGGGAUAAAGGUGGGGGGUCCUGGCAGCUCCAAUGUGUGCCCCCACCCCGGCCAGCAAUGAAGGUCCUGCAGGCGGACCCCAACCCUAAUGAGCCACAGCCCAGCAAGGACAAGGCUGAGCUGCGCAACUACACGGAGGGGAAGCUGCUGGACCGCGUUUACAACACGUACCUGCAGAUGCACACCCACCAGACAGUCGACUUCGUGCGUAGGAAGAGCGCUGAGUACGGGGGCUGCUCGCUGCGCAGGAUGAGCGCCAUGCAGGCGCUGCAGCUGCUGGACCAACUGGUGGAUGAAUCCGACCCAGACGUGGAUUUCCCCAACUCCCUUCACGCCUAUCAGACAGCAGAGGGCAUCCGGCGGGCCCACCCUGAUAAAGAUUGGUUCCAUCUCGUGGGGCUGCUGCACGACCUGGGCAAGGUCCUGGUGCUGUUUGGGGAGCCACAGUGGGCGGUGGUGGGAGACACGUUCCCAGUGGGCUGCAAGGUGCAGAAGUCGGUGGUGUUCCAUGAUUCCACCUUCCACGACAACCCGGACACCAGAGACCCCCGGUACAACACCGAGUGUGGGAUGUACCAGCCCCACUGCGGCCUGGAGAACGUGCUCAUGUCCUGGGGACACGAUGAGUACAUGUAUAGAGUGAUGAAGUUCAACAACUUUGCCCUGCCCAAGGAGGCUUUCUACAUGAUCCGCUUCCACUCCUUCUACCCCUGGCACGCACACGGGGACUACAAGCACCUGUGCAAUGAGGAGGACCUGCGCAUGCUGCCCUGGGUCAAGGAGCUCAACAAGUUCGAUCUGUACACCAAGCAGGAGGAGCUGCCCGAUGUGAAGGAGCUGCAGGGUUAUUACCAGGCCCUGAUUGAUAAGUACUGCCCUGGGGAGCUCUGCUGGUGAGCUGGGACCCCCCCCAUCCCCUGCAGAUAUAAAACCCCCCCAGCUUCUUCAACCCCCCCCCCCCAGCACUCAGCACUCCCCACACUGUGUUCACAUCUGUGCCAUCAAUAAACCCACUUGCCAUGUA